AUGCCGUCCGACGAGAGGUACUUUUCUGAUGCCUCAAAACUACGGACCCCUCUAAGAUCGCAAGUUGACAUUAGUGAUAGCAAUAGAUGUUUAUCAUUAGUUGAAUGUCCAGUUUAUAAUAAACACAAAAACAGAUUACCAGAAAUUGUGCGUGACACGCCUAGAAAUCCUUUAAUCGGGUCUAAUGUUAUGAAAAAUAGUCCAAUUGUAACGGAUCGUGAUUUGGCACUAGUUUUCCGAGGGAGAAGAUAUCCUAUUCCACCACAAUUUUAUGAUUAUGACGAUGACGACAAUGAAGAUUUUAAAAUGGACAUAAAGCCGCGAAACCUAUUACCUCUUUUAUUAGCUGAAGCUGCAAGUUCGUCACAAUCUAUAGGGUCAGUCGAAUCUAAUACGACGAAAGCAAUCAAUGACAAAGAUGAGUCUACAAUAAACACUUCCAUCACAAACGCCACAAAAGCUAAGGGAAGUUCGGACAUUUCCUCUACAAAACCUAUGAAAAAAUUAGGCUCACGAAAUAAAUGUAUCACUGAUUAUGGUAAAGGUAUAAAACGAAAUAGUUCCAAGACAACUGCCACACGAAAAUCCAAAAGAGAGAAGC